CCCGGAGAGGGGUGGCCGUGGGGCCCGGCCGGGCUGGGGUGGGGGGCCGCAGCCAUGAUCCGGGCCUUCUCGUUCCCGGUGAGCCCCGAGCGGGGCCGGCUGCGGGGCUGGCUGGAGGGCAGCCUGGCCGGGCUCUGCGAGUUGCACUGGCUCCGGGAGAGGCAGGAGUACCGCGUGCAGCAGGCGCUGCGGCUGGCCCAGCCCGGAAUGGGGGGCGCCGAGGCCGAGGACGAGGAGGACGCCGAUGAGGACGAAGAUGCGGCGGCGGCGCGCCGGGCCGCAGCGGCCCUGGAGGAGCAGCUGGAGGCCUUGCCUGGGCUGAUCUGGGACCUGGGCCAGCAGCUGGGAGAUCUGAGCCUGGAGUCUGGGGGCCUGGAACAGGAGAGCGGGCGCAGCUCAGGCUUCUACGAAGACCCCAGUUCCACGGGGGGUCCAGACUCACCACCUUCUACCUUCUGUGGGGACAGUGGCUUCUCUGGAUCUGGCUCCUAUGGACGCCUGGGUCCCUCUGAACCCCGGGGCAUCUAUGCCAGCGAGAGGCCCAAGUCCCUAGGAGACGCCAGUCCAAGCGCUCCAGAGGCAGUGAGCACUCGGGCAGCCGUGCCGCGAUCAUACUCGGCGCCCUACCCGACGGCAGCCGGCUCUGCGGGCCCGGAGGCCUGCUCCUCCGCGGAGCGGCGGGCUCGCGCGGGGCCCUUCCUGACGCCCAGCCCCCUGCACGCCGUGGCGCUGCGGAGCCCGCGGCCCUGUGUCCGUCCUCCUGCGGACUCUCCCCGAGCCCCGGCGGCCCGGGGUCCGGGGCCCGUCCCGUCCCCGUCAGCCCCUCAGCGCCGUCUCCUCUAUGGCUGCGCGGGCAGCGACUCGGAGUGCUCUGCCGGGCGCCUGGGGCCGCUGGGACGCCGGGGGCCCACCGGCGGCGUCGGCGGUGGCUAUGGGGAGAGCGAAUCGAGCGCCAGCGACGGGGAGUCGCCUGCCUUCAGCUCCGCAUCCAGCGACUCAGACGGCAGCGGUGGCCUGGUGUGGCCGCAGCAACUGGUGGCAGCCACCGCAGCCUCUGGGGCAGGGGGUGGGGCAGGCAGUGGGGCCCCCGCGGGCCCCGCCAAAGUCUUUGUGAAGAUCAAGGCUUCCCACGCACUCAAGAAAAAGAUACUACGUUUCCGUUCGGGUUCUCUCAAGGUCAUGACUACAGUGUGAGUUUGGGGGUUUGCUUGGGCUUCCCCUUCAUGGCCUCUGCACCACCACACUCCCAAUCACUGCCCCUUCCGUACCUCCCUUCCAAAGACCACCAUUUUCUCGGCUUCCAAAGACCCUUCCUCACUGCAGUCUUGGUUGAAAAGGCUCCCCCUCCACCAUAGGGAGGACUGGGGGAGGAGCCCUGUUUGACCCAGUUCAGCUGCUGGCUCUGCAGCCUUUGGGCAAGAAAGUUCCCUUUGUCUGGACCUCACUUUCCCUCAUCUGUACUAUGGCUGUAAUAUGGUAUGCAGAAGGGGUCAUUCAGCUUGAAUUUCCCCAUUUUAGUCUAGACACUUAGUCCGUUUGUUCCCGUUCACUUCCGUCAUCGAACCCUCCUACUCCUCCUUUCCAUGCCCAGAUAUGGUGUCCCCCCCCCAUUCACAAAGUGCCCCCGUCCAUGUCCCUGGAUUCUUAAGAUAUCCCCUUGGCACCGUGGUCUCUACUCUGUCUGACCCAGGUGGUGCCUGCAGAGUGCCCUGGACAAGGAAGGAGCACUGACUUUGGGGUUUUGAGGGUCAAGUAGGACGUGGUAACACCUGGGAAGAAAGACUCUUUUCACCUCUAUCCCCGGACAGUUAUGGAGGAUUAGGAGGUAGAAGAGGGGAAGGAAGAUGGCUUCUAUCUCAUGCCCCCCCCCAUCUCCCCCCUCCCAGAGGGAGUGGGGAGAGCCCUGGAUGGAGAGCCCUGGAUGACCCUCAGCUGUUCCAAUCUAGUAUUUUUUUUUCUUUUUUAAAAUUACUGUAUUUAUUAUGACGAUGGUGACUCCCCAGUGCACAGGGGGGCCGGAUUCUGUGUGUUUCUCUAACCUCUUUGUAAAUAAAUGCACACUGUUACAUA